GAGUUCCGCAUCGACCUGAAGAAGUACACGCCGACCUUCAAGCUGCAGGUGAAGGGCUGCCACAAGGAAAGCAUCGCGACGGCGGCCCUAGGCAUGGACAAUCGAGAGCUGGCCCCCUCGUCCGUCAACAUCACGGCCACCGUGAAGGAGAAGGGGACGGGGAUCGAAUUCACGGAAUCCGUGAUCCUCCAGGUCGAAAGGAAUCCCCUGGAAAUCGAUGUGGACGCCUCCCCGAGCAGUUUCAAGCCUGGGUUUGUCUAUAACGGCCAGGUGAGGAAAAUUCCAUCCGGGUUGGAUCUCUUCCGGCCGGAAGAGGCCGAUCAUCCUCGAGAUUAUCCGGGCAUUUCAAAUCGACAGGUGAAGGUGAAGGACAAGAGCGGGUCGCCGGCACGAGGUCAGAAGAUCCAGAUCUGCAAAGAUCCGUCCGACGGGUCGUCAGAGGAGCGGAUGGGGCGAUGCCGGAAUUUCACGACCGACUCCAAGGGUCUCGUCCGAUUCCAGAUUCCUCCGCAGGUCCCGGACGAAUCCUCCUUUGGCAUCCAGGUCUCGACACCCGGGCUGGAGAAAGACUUCCCGAAGAACCACAAGAAAGGAACGUGGGAGAAGCAGAUCCAUUCGUACAACGCCUACAAGUCGGUGAACGGCUGGCACUCGCCGUCCAAGGAGUACAUCCACAUCCUCCACCCGGCGGGCCAGGGGAGCCCGGCGGGCUGCGGGGAGACGCUCCGCUUCGACCUCCUCUACUCCACGUCGACGCCUGACGCCGUGCAGCGCAUUCACUACCAGGUGAUGGCCCGGGGGGACGUCCUAGUCUCGAAGGUCUUCGAUCACAAGUCGGGCGAGGAGGAAGUGGAAUCCGGCGACCCGGAACUGCUGGUCUACAAGUCGGACAAGAAGACUCCGAUACCGAAGCACUUGAGCAAGGCCUCGGUCGAGAUUCCGGUGACGCCCGAGAUGGCACCCGAGAGUAAACUGGUGGUCUUCUACAUCAGGCCCGACGGAGAGGUGGUGUCCGAUCACCUCACUUUCCGGGUGGAUCAGUGCCUCUCCAACAAGGUGGAACUGAAAUGGAAAGAAGAAGAAGUGGGGCCUGGAUCGAAGGUUGGGCUGAAGGUGAAGGCCGAGCCGGAGUCGGUCUGUGGGUUGAGGGUGGUGGACAAGAGUGUGGACCUCCUCAGGCCGGGGCAUCAGCUGAAUCUGGAAAAAGUAUUCGAGGCGCUGGAGCGCUUCCAGAUCUAUGGCUACGAGUUCCCCAGUCAGAGCACGGACAACGGCUUCUGCCUCCGCCAUCGGCCCUCCAAAAAUAUAUCUGAUGUGGACCGAGACCAAAAAGGUGGCUUCAGAGGUUAUGAUUCCCGCAGUCACGCCCUUACAUCCUUCGAUCGUUCGGGGCUUCUGGUACUAUCCGACCUGAGAGUCUACACCCUUCCCUGCCGCAUCGAUGAAGAUACACGUGGGAGACCUGGACCCCCCGUGGCCUUCGCUGCUGCGUCUUUUGGGGGGUCUUUGCCGCCGACAUCUGCAUUGGUUGCCGAGCAAAAGGAGGCAUUCGUUGGAGACGCGGUGGUGCCGGUAUUCGACAAUGAGAUCCUUCCCGUCGAGGUCCAAAUUGAGGUGAAGGGAUCCGAGUCCUUCAAAGUGGACGGAGACACGGAGAAGAGCCUCUGUCUGAAGGAGCAAGGGAAGGAAGUCGUGACCUUCGACCUGGACUUCUCGAAACUCGGAGAGGUCAACAUCACCGUCGUGGCUCAGAUCUACCCUAGCUUCCCCGAUGCUUGUGGGCCGGAUGUCAUUCUGGCCGUCAGUGACGCCGUUGUGAAGCCUGUGCGAGUGGAACCAGAAGGCUUCCCGGUGGAAAAGACGAAGAACUGGUAUUUUUGCGAGGGAGAUGGGGAGGUGAAGGAGUCUCACUCGCUGAGCCUGCCGGAGGACGUGGUGCCGGAUUCCGCUCGGGCGUGGGUCACCGCCUCUGGCGACCUCCUUGGUCCCUCGCUGCAGGGAGGACUGGACGAUGCUGAAGGUGAAGAGGGCUCAGAGACGGGGUUGUCGGCGUACGUCCUCAUCUCUCUUCUGGAAUCGGGUGCCGCCGUGGAUGAGACGGUGAGGAAGGAUGCUCUGCAGUGCCUGAAGGGCAACCAGAAUCCCUCGACCUACACCCUGGCCCUCACCACGUACGCCUUCGUCUUGGCCGGGGAGAGGGACCUCAGUGGGAUCUACAUGGACAAGCUUCUUCAGAGGGCCACUGAGAAAGACGGUCUUCUCUUCUGGCACGCCUCGCCCGAUGAGCCAUCAGACGCAGUGGACAUAGAGACGACGUCGUACGGGAUCCUCUCGCUGGUGCAUCUGGAUCGAGAAGGCGACUCCGCCCGAGCCCUGUCUGCAGUCCGCUGGAUCGCCUCCAAGAGGAACUCGAAGGGAGGAUUCACCUCCACACAGGACACGGUGAUGGCCCUGCAAGCCCUGGCGCUGUACGCGUCUCACGCGGGACUGGGAGACGUGGCCAUGGACGUUCAUCUGUCCUCCUCCGACUGGGAGCACAACUUCACUCUCACCGAUGAGAAUCGUCUCGUCCAGCAGAUGAUCCCCGUCCCGUCUGUUCCGUCCGAGUUCCAGAUCUCCUCGGCUGGGAAAGGCUGCGCCCUCGUCCAAGCAACGCUGAGGUACUCGGUGUCUGAGGAACCGGAGAAGGAAGGAAUGAGGCUCAGCGUGGAAGAGAUGCCCGCCGACGAGCGAGGAUGCGAUCGACGCACGAUCCAAGCCUGUGUCAUGUAUUCCGGGCCUACCAACACUUCCAACAUGGCCCUGCUCCAGGUUUCCAUGGUCUCGGGUUAUAAACCGGACGAAGAUGGGAUUCAGAAACUCCGAUCUCAGAACCCAGCGGUGAAGCGCACGGAGGUGAAUAAGGAGACCGGUGAGCUGACCCUCUACUUCGACCAGCUGGACGGCGAGGGCUUCUGCCUCGACAUCCCCCUCGUCCGCGCCGUCGCAGUGAAGAGCCCCAAGCCGGCCCUCGUCAAGCUCUUCGACUACUACGCCCCCGAGAUCCAGGACACCGAGAUUGGUUUCGAUUCCCAAUCAAGACAUAUCCAAGUCUGUUUAUCCGACCUCUGCGACCUCUCCGACCUCUCCGACCUCUCCGACCUCUCCAACCUCUCCGACCUCUCCGACCUCUCCAACCUCUCCGACCUCUCCGACCUCUCCGACCUCUCCAACCUCUCCGAGCUCUCCAACCUCUGCGACCUCUCCGACUUCUCCGAUUUCUCCACGAUGCUCCUCCCUAAAUCUCCCGUUCUCUUGCAGCUGUACAGCGUCGGGGAGUGCGUCGAGAAGAAGAAAGCCUCCAAGUUGGGGGAGGACGAGGACACCGUCCCCGACUUGGGCUUCGGGCUCCAGUGA